GAAUCAGCUGAUCUUUCGGACCCGCGGGGCUGCUGGGCUCGCGCCGGAUGCUGAUCGCUGUGCUGCCGGUGGAGCGUCAGGUCUUCAUAUACUCUUUCUGAAGAGGGAAUGGUUUGGUGAUGGAGUGCUCCCAUUGACCGAUGGACUCAAAGAAGAGAAGUUCAACAGAAGCAGAAGGAUCCAAAGAAAGAGGCCUGGUCCAUGUCUGGCAGGCGGGAUCCUUUUCCAUCAUACCAGAGAGAUUGCCAGGCUGGGGAGGAAAGACUGUUCUUCAAGCAGCCCUUGGAGUGAAACAUGGAGUUCUUUUGACUGAAGAUGGUGAGGUCUACAGCUUUGGGACUCUUCCUUGGAGAAGCGAAUCAGCAGAAAUUUGUCCAGAUAGUCCCAUUCUAGAAAAUGCCCUGGUUGGGCAACAUGUUGUUACUGUGGCAACAGGGAGCUUCCACAGCGGAGCAGUGACAGAAAGUGGCGUAGUGUACAUGUGGGGGGAGAAUUCUGCGGGUCAGUGUGCAGUAGCUAACCAGCAGUAUGUGCCAGAACCGAAUCCUGUCAGCAUUUCUGAUUCUGAAACCAGCCCUUUGUUGGCAGUCAGGAUUUUGCAGUUGGCAUGUGGCGAGGAGCACACUCUGGCAUUGUCAAUAAGCAGAGAGAUUUGGGCAUGGGGUACCGGUUGUCAGUUGGGUCUCAUCACCACUACCUUCCCAGUGACAAAGCCACAAAAGGUGGAACAUCUUGCUGGGCGCGUAGUGCUACAAGUCGCCUGUGGUGCUUUCCACAGCCUGGCACUUGUGCAGUGCCUGCCUUCCCAGGACCUGAAGCCAGUCCCUGAGAGAUGCACCCAGUGCAGCCAGCUCCUCAUUACCAUGACUGACAAAGAGGACCAUGUGAUUAUCUCAGACAGUCACUGUUGCCCUUUAGGUGUGACACUAUCAGAAUCCCAGGCAGAAAACCACGCCAGCUCUGCCAUCAGCCCCUCUGCUGAGACCCUUGACAGUCAGGGAGGAGUGUUUGAGAACACRCUUGUAGAAGCUGGACUGCCGCUUGCCACCGAAUUGAACAUUGAAAGCACCCCUACCACAAGUGGUGAUACUACUUCCUCCCAACAAAACAUCCAGGGAACAACUGAAAUUUCUUCUGUCAGAAACAUACCAUCGUACCCUGACACCCAGGCAGUAAAUGAAUACUUGCAGAAACUGUCAGAUCAUUCAGUAAGGGAGGAUUCAAAGAAUGGUGAAAAGUCAAUGCCACCUCAGCCUCUUGUAGAAGAAGCAGUUCCUARUCUUCACAGCCCACCAACCACAAGCACCUCAGCCCUCAACAGCCUGGUGGUCUCUUGUGCAUCUGCUGUUGGUGUGAGAGUGGCUGCUACCUAUGAGGCUGGGGCCUUGUCUCUUAAGAAAGUUAUGAACUUUUAUAGUACAGCCCCUUGUGAAACUGGAGCGCAGGCAGGCAGUAGUUCCAUAGGCCCAGAAGGUCUGAAAGACAGCAGAGAAGAACAGGUUAAACAGGAGUCAAUGCAAGGAAAGAAAAGUUCAAGUCUUGUGGAUAUCAGGGAAGAAGAAUCAGAGGGAGGCAGUCGAAGACUCUCCCUCCCUGGAUUACUGUCACAAGUUUCUCCCAGGCUCUUAAGAAAAGCUGCACGGGUGAAAACCAGGACAGUGGUUCUGACUCCCACAUAUAGUGGAGAAGCAGAUGCCCUUCUGCCUUCUCUGAGAACAGAGGUGUGGACCUGGGGGAAAGGAAAGGAAGGGCAGUUGGGGCAUGGCGAUGUUCUGCCUAGGCUUCAGCCAUUGUGUGUAAAGUGUCUGGAUGGUAAAGAAGUGAUCCACCUGGAGGCAGGUGGUUACCAUUCUCUUGCACUUACUGCCAAAUCCCAGGUUUACUCGUGGGGUAGCAAUACCUUUGGUCAACUUGGGCAUUCCGAUUUUCCAACAACAGUUCCUCGUCUUGCAAAGGUAAAUGGUGAAAAUGGAGUCUGGAGUGUAGCUGCAGGCCAGGAUUAUUCCCUGUUUUUAGUGGAUACAGAAGACUUCCAGCCUGGGUUGUAUUACAGUGGCCGGCAGGACCCUGAAGAAGGUGACAGCCCUCCAGAGAAUCCCAGUGGUACUAAGACUCCAGUACUUCUCUCCUGUAGUAAGCUUGGAUAUAUAAGCAGAGUAACAGCAGGAAAAGACAGCUACCUAGCCUUGGUGGACAAAAACAUUAUGGGGUAUAUUGCCAGUCUCCAUGAAUUGGCUACUACAGAAAGACGAUUCUAUUCAAAACUAAGUGAUAUCAAAUCUCAGAUACUCAGGCCUCUUCUCAGUUUAGAAAAUUUGGGCACUGUGCCUGCAGUCCAGCUGUUACAGGAGGUGGCAGGCCGUUUCAGCAAGCUGUGUUACUUAAUUGGUCAGCAUGGAGCCUCCCUGAGCAGCUUCCUUCAGGGGAUAAAGGAAGCCAGGAGUUUGGUCAUUCUGAAACAUGCAAGUCUCUUCUUGGAUAGUUAUACAGAGUAUUGCACAUCAAUUACAAAUUUCCUGGUUAUGGGAGGAUUCCAACUUCUUGCUAAACCUGCCAUUGAUUUCUUAAAUAAAAACCAAGAGCUGCUGCAGGACUUAUCAGAAGUGAAUGAUGAAAGCACUCAGUUGAUGGAAAUACUGAAUACAUUGUUUUUCUUGCCAAUUAGACGGCUUCAUAAUUAUGCAAAAGUUUUGCUAAAGCUUGCUACUUGUUUUGAAGUGACAUCUCCAGAAUAUCAGAAACUGCAGGAUUCCAGUUCUUGUUAUGAGUCUCUUGCUCUCCAUCUCGGCAGGAAAAGGAAGGAAGCAGAGUACACACUGGGCUUCUGGAAGACUUUUCCUGGAAAAAUGACGGAUUCCUUGAGGAAGCCAGAGCGUCGACUGYUAUGCGAAAGUAGUAACCGAGCCCUCUCUCUGCAGCAUGCUGGGAGGUUUUCUGUGAAUUGGUUCAUUCUCUUUAAUGAUGCUCUGGUCCAUGCCCAGUUCUCCACACACCAUGUAUUCCCUUUGGCCACACUGUGGGUGGAGCCACUUUCUGAAGAAGCUGGUAAUGUGAAUGGCCUAAAGAUAACUACACCUGAAGAACAAUUCACUCUCAUUUCAUCAACACCCCAGGAAAAGACUAAGUGGCUACGAGCCAUAAGCCAAGCUGUGGAUCACGCUUUGAGGGGCACAUCCGAUCUUCCACCUUAUGGAAGUGGUAGCAGUGUUCAGAGGCAGGAACCACCCAUUUCACGCAGUGCCAAAUAUACAUUCUACAAGGAUCCUCGCCUAAAGGAUGCCACUUAUGAUGGGCGGUGGCUAUCAGGGAAACCUCAUGGCAGGGGGAUCUUGAAGUGGCCUGAUGGAAAAAUGUAUUCUGGCUUAUUCAGGAAUGGCUUGGAAGAUGGGUAUGGAGAAUACAGAAUUCCAAACAAGGCUCUGAACAAAGAAGACCAUUAUGUGGGCCACUGGAAAGAAGGAAAAAUGUGUGGUCAAGGAGUCUAUAGUUAUGCCUCUGGUGAAGUGUUUGAAGGCUGCUUUCAAGAUAACAUGCGUCAUGGUCAUGGUCUCCUUCGAAGCGGAAAACUGACUUCUUCUUCUCCCAGUAUGUUCAUUGGCCAGUGGGUAAUGGAUAAGAAAGCAGGAUAUGGUGUCUUUGAUGAUAUCACUAGGGGAGAAAAGUACAUGGGAAUGUGGCAGGAUGAUGUGUGUCAAGGGAAUGGUGUGGUCGUUACCCAGUUUGGAUUGUACUAUGAAGGCAACUUCCACCUUAAUAAAAUGAUGGGAAAUGGGGUUUUACUUUCUGAAGAUGAUACUAUCUACGAAGGAGAAUUUUCUGAUGACUGGACUCUUAGUGGAAAGGGAACACUCACCAUGCCAAAUGGAGAUUAUAUUGAAGGAUACUUUAGUGGAGAAUGGGGAUCUGGGAUAAAAAUCACUGGAACCUACUUUAAACCUAGUCUGUAUGAGAAUGACAAAGACAAACCCAAAGUUUUCAGGAAGCUAGGAAACCUGGCAGUGGCUGCUGACGAAAAGUGGAGAGCAGUAUUUGAUGAAUGUUGGCAUCAGCUGGGCUGUGAGAGCCCAGGCCAAGGGGAUGUUUGGAAAGCCUGGGACAACAUUGCUGUGGCCUUGACCACCAAUCGGCGCCAGCACAGAGACAGUCCAGAAAUACUAAGUCGUUCACAAACUCAGACACUAGAAAGUUUGGAAUUCAUUCCACAGCAUGUUGGUGCCUUCUCUGUGGAGAAAUAUGAUGACAUCAAGAAGUACUUAAUAAAGGCCUGUGACACUCCUCUGCACCCUCUGGGCAGGCUUGUGGAGACACUGGUUGCAGUAUAUAGAAUGACAUAUGUGGGCGUKGGAGCCAACCGCCGAUUAUUACAGGAGGCUGUAAAGGAGAUUAAGUCCUAUCUUAAGCGAAUCUUCCAGCUGGUGAGGUUCUUAUUUCCUGAACUUCCAGAAGAGGGCAGCACAAUUCCUCUCUCUGUACCUCUGCCGUCAGAAAGGAAGUCAUUUUGCACAGGAAAGUCGGAUUCCAGAUCUGAAUCACCAGAGCCAGGUUACGUUGUAACAAGUUCUGGAUUACUGCUUCCUGUGCUGCUCCCCCGCCUCUACCCACCUCUGUUCAUGCUUUAUGCUUUGGACAAUGAUCGAGAGGAAGACAUUUACUGGGAAUGUGUUCUGCGACUAAACAAGCAGCCAGAUAUUGCUCUCCUGGGCUUUCUUGGAGUACAGAGGAAAUUUUGGCCAGUGACCUUGUCAAUCCUUGGAGAGAGUAAAAAGGUUUUGCCAACCACAAAAGAUGCUUGCUUUGCCUCAGCAGUCGAGUGUCUGCAGCAGAUCAGCACAACAUUUACCCCAUCAGACAAACUUAAGGUUAUCCAGCAGACUUUUGAGGAGAUCUCUCAGAGUGUCCUGGCAUCGCUGCAGGAAGACUUUUUGUGGUCCAUGGAUGACUUGUUCCCUGUUUUCUUAUAUGUGGUGCUACGGGCCAGGAUUAGGAAUUUAGGCUCUGAGGUACAUCUCAUUGAGGAUCUAAUGGACCCCUAUCUUCAGCAUGGGGAACAGGGCAUAAUGUUCACCACCUUGAAGGCAUGUUACUACCAGAUUCAGCGUGAGAAGCUUAACUAGGCUGCAUAAUAGCUUGAAAACUGGAUUACCAUCUACCAAGGGUCACAGCACCAUCUGGAAUCUUUGUAGUGGUGAAAAAGAAUGGUGUUGAAAAUUGAAAAGGACUGUGUUAUUUUGGUUGUUAUUUCAGAGCCUUACUAAAAACUAGAGCCCUGAGCUCAGGAAAAAAACAAAACAAAACAAAAAAGACUAGUUUACAGGGAGGAUGGAAAAGAAGGUAGAAAUCAAUCAGACCAGUGCUUGGCCUGUGUUAAGUCCCAGAAAUUUCAUGCAUCUAUUUGGAAAAAAAGGAUAUCCCCUCCUGAAGUGAAGGGUAUGUCAGCCACGUGGAUUUGUAAGGCAAGUUCCCAGCAUCGCUUCUUGCAUUAAAGAAGUUAAUGAUGAAUAUUUUUGAGUUUCUGGUUUGCCUGAAUCCAUCUGCAGUUACCCCAGAUCUCUUUGCAAGGAGCAGAUUGUACUAAAAACUGUAGUAGCCACACCAUGCCUUUUUAGAUCCCUUCCAAUCAUGUGUGUGUUAUGCUUCUUUGCUUGGAGAGGGGAAGGAGGAAUUUUUGAACUGCAGUUUUAACUUUUUCUAAGCUUUUCCACCAGGAUAUUCAUGAUGGGAGAGAUUCUAUGUAGUGACUACCACAUCCUGACCCAAGACACAGAAUGAAUCUAAAUAGGAGCCUUCUGCCUGCUGAGUGAAAGGAACAUAGGAAUUUUGGUUUUGGUUUCCUCAAUAUGCUGCAGGAAGUUGAGUACACUGGAAUUGAAGCACCACUCAGCUGCUGUGGAACCCUUAUUUGUCUAUGUGCAAAUGCUGUAUUCCGAGGCCUGUGACUGGCAGCCCGAAGAGCUUCUGCAUACAAGCUGUUGUUUUGGAGCAGGACUGAAGUUUGGGAAAUACAGAAGCAAAGAACUGCAUUGAUCCCCAACCUAGUGUUGUGGUUCUUCCCUAUACCUCACACUGAACCCAAGAUGGAAAGAAAAAGAAUAUAAGCUUUGACUGUUUCCAUCUCUAAAGUAUUGUGGCACCUCAUCAGUUCAGUGUUUUCCUUUUUUAAAAAAUGUCUUACUGUAAGUUUUUGGUUUACACUGUACCAGUAACACUAGUAGCUGUUUUGGAUAACAUAGGUGCUCUCCCUCAUCUCAUCUCCUACCCACUGCGGUGAACAUAUGGAGUGUCCUGAUUUAUGUGAAGUGACUCAAGCUGAUGUUAAUUACUUUUGAAAUAGGAUCAUGGUUUCUGCUCUACUUUAUAAUCAAGACAAGUGUUUGUUAAAAUACUGUUUUGGAAUGUUGGCUUGUAAUAGCGAUUUUCAUAAUAAAAAACAUUCAUCUUUAUGAGGUGGUUUAUGAUUACAGAAGAAAUGACACAGGGCGCCUAAAAAUUUAAAAGAAAGCCAGGCUUAAAAUUUAAAAGAAACCCAGUAUUUCCUCUGCCCACAUUGUAAUUUAUGCCUUUUUGACCUCAGAGGAACUUCUAGGACUUUAGAGAUCUCUCUCUUUAAACAUAAACCAAUAAUUACAGCACCUUUGCUAGCAAAGAACAGAUUAACUUUCUGAUCCUAAAGAUCCUGGGACAAGUCUUAAAUCUAGUAUUUCUUUGGGGAAAAAUGAUGUAUUUGAUAGUUA